GUUUUCAACAAGUAUGGCACUCAGGUUUGAAGCGUUUGGUGUACCUCUGGUAUUUUUGGCUCUAAGAAUAGCUUCAGUGUUUUUUGUUAGAACAUUUUAUGAGGCAGACGAAUAUUGGCAAUCCCUGGAAGUUGCUCACAAGUUUGUAUUUGGUUAUGGUUACUUAACAUGGGAAUGGGAAAAAGGCAUACGAAGCUAUGUUUACCCUGUAUUUUUCACAAUUUUAUACAAAUUACUGGCCAUAUUACAAUUGGACACAGCAACUCUAAUUAUUCUCCUACCAAGGAUAUUGCAAGCAAUACUUACUGCCUACUCUGAUAUAUGUUUUUAUGAGUGGACCGGCAGAAGAAAGUGGGCAGUUUUUUGUAUAGCCACUUCAUGGUUUUCAUUCUAUAUGGGUUCUAGAACAUUAAUAAAUUCCUUCGAAACUGCCAUUUCUACAAUUGCCUUGUCGUUGUUCCCUUGGCCGGGAACUGGGAAAGAUGAAAAGCUGCACUUUCUCUGGUUAGUAGGAUUUAUUUGUAUUGUGAGACCAACUGCUGCUGUUAUGUGGUUUCCAUUGUGUAUUUAUCAUUUCCACAUCACAAAACACAGUUGGUCAUUCUUGAUCCUCACAAAGUAUAUUCCGAUUGGUACAUUAUUGUUAAUGGCAUCAACUGUUCUGGAUUCAUUAGCACAAAAGUCGUUCGUAAUAACUUUUUAUGAAUUCUUCAAAUACAAUAUAAUAAAGAAUGUUGCAACUUCUUAUGGCACCCUUCCUUGGUACUGGUAUAUGUCGUUCGGUUUGCCAGCAAUUCUAGGAGUCCAUCUAAUGCCUUUUCUAAUAUCUUCGUUAGUCGUACUGAAGAACAGGAAAAUCCAUCAGAAUGAAUUGGUCCUUUUAGGAACAAUCGUAUUCACUGUUGGUGUUUUUAGUUACUUACCUCAUAAGGAAUUUCGAUUUUUGAUGCCAUUGCUACCUCUAGUGUUGUACAUUACAUCCAGGUAUCUGGCAGUUUGGAGCAGAAAAGUAAAAACAUUAAAUUUGGUUGCCGUUGCUUUUAUAUUAUUCAUUGGCAAUGCAGUACCAGCUUAUUAUCUAGGAAUGGUCCAUCAAAGGGGUUCACUGGACAUAAUGCCACAUUUGAGAGAAAUUGCUCAAAAAGACCCUUCAAAUACCAGUUUCUUAUUCCUUAUGCCUUGUCAUUCAACACCUAUGUAUAGUCAUCUACAUAUAAAUGUUACAACGAGAUUCUUGACAUGCAAUCCAAACUUUAAUGGCGCGGAAAUUAAAGAUGACGAGGUAACAGAGUUUUAUAAUUCACCUAACAAAUGGCUUCGGCAGCACUAUCCCCCAAAUGGAACACUGCCUUCCCAUAUUAUUACAUUUAACAGUUUGGUACCAAGGAUAUCGGAUAUUUUAAGCAGGUACAAAACCAUUGUGGAUGUUUUUCAUACUGAAGUACCUCUUUCAAGUGAGUUUGGAACUCGUAUUCUAGUCCACGAAUUACAAUUCUGAUCGUGAAGAGUAGAGUUGAAGAGAAAACUUCGGAAAGGGCGGUUGAUUCUGUAGCUCGAUUCUGGUGUGUGAAAGUCUAUAGAAAAAUAAGCGAAACUUAUGUAGUUGGUGAAAUAAACAAUUAUCAAUA